AUGGCUCCCGAACACGAUGUAUACCGCAGAGUUGGCCGAGGAGGUGCGGGAAACUAUUAUCCCUCGGCUGAAGUUGACGAGGCUGCCAAGGACCUUGAGGCUCAGGAUCUAGCCACAAACCCUGCGCCUCCUCCGGACCGCAAGACGGCCCACCUCCCCGCGCGAGCCGGCCGCGGCGGUGCCGGAAACUAUGUUGACCCGGCGGAUCUGCCGGAUGCGCGAGAGCAGGAGGAGAUGGCGGACAAAACGGCCGCCGCCGUGAGCGCGAGCCUGAAGCGAAAUAGCCAGCACAUCCGCGGGGGCCUUGCGGGCCGCGGAGGGGCCGGUAACUGGAAGACCGAGGAGGAUGAGAAGGAGCAUCACCAGAAGACCAAGGGGGAGGAGCUGGAGAAAAAGGUCAAGGAGGCUGUCGAGAAGGGGCUCAAGAUGCCCGACAGGGUCCACCAUAGCACUGACAAGUAUGAUGAUGAUGCUUGA